AUAUUUAUUUUAUUUAUAACGACGAGGUUUUGUCUUCCCCACCCUUUUCCAUUCCCUCUCCCUUUCUCUCUCUCUAUCUCUGACGACGCCAUGCCAGAAACCGAAGAAGCUCGAGCCGAGCCAGAGCCGUGGCUGCAAGCGGCGAUGUCUGACGAAUCACUGGCCGCCGAGGUACUGAUGCGGAUCUCGCGUGCGGCGGCUGCCCCGGAGCCAGCUCCCUUGCCGCUGUGCUGGGGACAGCGCCAGCCGCGGUCGAGGCAGACACUCAGGGCCGGAAUCCUCCACGCGAAGAAGGAGGAGGACGACGAUGAAGCAAGGCGCGGCAGCCCAACGACUCCGCUGUCCUGGAGCGGCGGCUCCUCCCUCAGCGGCUCCGGCGAUGUUUGCGAGGAGUCGAGCCGAUCUGGCAAGCCGCUCGCCGCUUCUGGGGCUGGAAACUCGUCCGACUGCGGAAGAUCAAAGAUUGCAGUAAGCAGCGAAGCUAUCCCCUCCUUCAGAUUGACCAGUGGUAGGACAAGAAAGAGAAAGACAUUUGCUCAACUCAAGGAAGAGGAGAAUUCAUUGAUGGAGGAAAGAAUGGAACUGAACAAGGAACUAGAGGGCCUGCAGGUUACUCGCAAGGAAUUGUGGGUGAAAAACGAGAACUUGAAGAAAUUGAAGAUGGAUCUAGAGUCCCAAUCACCCGAGAAAAUGACCGUUGCUUCUGAGUCUCAAUCUCCAGAGAAAAUGACCAUAGCUGCCAAUUCUCCACCAGAGACAGGCUUUGCGCUCCCUGAUCUAAAUCUACCACCUGAUGAGGAUUCUGGGAUACUCUACGGAAUGAGCUGACAGAAGGGGUUUCUGUUGUUGAAUAUGGGAUUCAAAGCUUGUUCCGGUCUGGAACUAUGCAAACAACAUGAAGUGUAUAUACAAGCCAUCUUUAAAUGCAGAUUACGACGAAGAAUAGGAACAGUAAAAACAGUUAAUAUGCCAAUUGGAGGUUGGUUGAGAAAAGCCGAUGAGAAGAAAGAGAGGGAGGCGUAGACUGUAGAGAAUCCUAACAUAUUUUGGUUAGAUUUGCAGGUUUCCACAAGUUUCCAAGAUUCAUUUGGUGUCUACUACUUCUCUUUCCUUCUAACUCUUAUUUUUAUACAUAUUUGAGGUGUAAUCAUUAGUAGAGGAUGAAUUCAAUUUUGUUGUUUUUCUUCCUUGUUUAUAGAAAGACUUCUCUAGUGCAAGUAAUAAAAAAUUUCACAUCUCUUCUAUUUUA